GUAUACUUCGUCCUCUUCUGCUGCUGCUUUCAACAGCAGCGCACCACAUUUACCAUUUACCCAAGUCACGCUAUACACAAAUCGCGCUGCGUCGUUCUGACGCGUGUAUGGAGAACAACGACACUCAACCGUCCGUCGCCUCCGUCGUUUCUAGCAAGCCCGAAGGAGUUGCCAGCGAAGCCCAGCCGACAGGAGACUCCGACAAGGCCGCAGACUCAGCUUCUGUACAACUGCGUGAGGAGGCCGUUAGUCACGCCGACCCAGGUGCGACGAAAGAAGAUUCCGCACAGGCGAAUGAUCUUGUAGAAGCGCAGUCGGGCGCUCGGGACACCUCGUCCGCGGAAACGAAGCCUGCAGGCCCGACUCCAACGGGCAGUACGCAGAGCUACGUGCCACCGGUAAAGAGGUUUAGUGCAGUAAACAUCAAUAAGAAAUUCCUGCAAAAGAACCAGUCCUCAACAACAGCGAGCGGUGGCUCUUCGCCAAGUUCGACGAGCAGCAAACAGGCUGGCGUUAUAGCGCGGCCUGCACCUCAGUCAGCUCAUUCGCACUCCCGGUUGGUUACGGCUAAGCUUACUGCGUCGCCUCACUCGACUUCGCCGGGACAAGGAUGGUCGCGACCGAAUUCUGUCACGCCUCCUGCUCCUUCCCCUGCGAACGCAGCUGGACCCGCAAAGGCGGGAACACUAACUGCUGCUGCUCCCGUUGGCGGCCAUGGUCUUCCACACAUUGCACCUGGAGGCAAGAUUAUACAACCUCAGGUCCUCAAACAGAAGCUGGACGGAGCUGCAAGGCCAGCAUGGAGAAAUGUACAACCGGGGACUUCAAGCUCUGGCCUUCAAGUUCAGAACGAAUUUCCUACUGCAGCUGAGGCUGCACAGAGUCGCCUUCUGAAACAUGCGGAAGCGAAAGCAGCUACGGAAGUUUCUGAUGCGCAGAAGCAAGCACUGAGUGAAACGGCUGAUGCCUUUCGUGGUGUACAUUUGGAUCCAAAUGCACAUCAUUGGGAUGAGAUGGAGGAAGAAGAUAAUGAUGACUUUUUGGGAGAUGUCAUUGAAUUUGCCGACGGAAGGCAGUACACCAUUCAUGUCGAUGGAGCCGAAGCGGAUCAAAAAGCUGCUGAUGAUACGCCUGGCAAUGUCGGCUCCGAAGCAUCAGUCAGCAAAGUAGACCGGUUUGUGGACGACUUCGACAGGAGUUGGCCCAAAUCUCGACCAGAAUCUGGAUCGCAUAAGGAUGAAUCCUCGCGUUUCGGUAGUGCUGCUCACUCGGAGACUUCGUCAGAUUUUCCUGGCCACUCACCGGUUUCCACACGCGAUGGCUCUCAGUCUCGGGUACUCUUCAACGAUCGAUUAAAUCGCAUGGAGCCUAUUUCAGGCGGCCGACAUGGACCUGGUCCUCAAAUCCAUACUCAUGGGGGACAGGGCUUUAGGGACGGUCCAAGUGGUUCAGGUCGUUUCCACGGAGGUCGACUAGAGCGAGAAGCUCCUCCGCAUACUUCUUUCACAGGCUCCCGAAAGCCGCACGAAGGCUCGUGGAAUGUGCCGCAUGGCCAUGAACUAUCUCAACGAGACGGUCGAGACAUGAAAUCCCAUUCUCCUACGACUUACUUCCAUAAUGAGUAUCAUGAUCGCAAGGGAAGAUCUGGCUGGGGACAACCGCCCAACGGUCGGCAGUUCCCUGGCAGAGAUCCAUCUGCGUCUCGUUCUACCACUAACGGUGCCCCGUCAGUAGCUAGCAGCGAUGAUCACAGCAGUAGACAUGCGCCUUCUGUACGAGACCAACAGCGAGGACGGUUUCCUUCACCUGGGCAUACGAGGGACCUGGAUAGACAAGCACCACCACAUCUUGCGUAUACUCACUCCGCUCUUCCUCCUGAACGACCUCAGGAUGCAGCUGACUCUGACAAGCUCAGACAACGAAGACCUUCUGAUGCUCUUUCUCAACCUAGUGUUGGUAAGGGUCGUGAACCAACUCAGUCCCAACCUGCUCACUCGGCGCAAACCCAACCUGAGGCAACGUCGCCGAAAGCAACUGCACCAGGUCCUGGAGAUGAUGUCGAGGCGGUGCGCAGAGCUUACCUUGCCGAAAGCGCGGAACGCGCGAAGAAGCGUCGCCAGCAGGAGGAAGAAGAACGGUUGAAGGCGCAAGAACGAGCGAGGAAGAAGGCAGCUGAACUAGAAGCGAAGAUUGCAGCGUCCAAAGCUACUGAAGCACCUAAAGACACGCAGCAGUCUUCGACGAAGCCUGCUACGGAUAGUACGGCUGCGGCUCCGCCGGCUGCGAACAAACCAACAGAGGCCGAAGUUCUUCACGUCAUAGAAGAAGCCAUUGGCUCGGCUACGACAUCUGACGCUGCAUCGAACAGGAUAGGAGAAGGUCGCGCGAAGGAGGGCGCUACGACCUCGAGAUCAUCAUUCGUGAAGACUUUCACACAUGAAGAUAACAACCAGUCUUCAGUUACACGCGACGGUCAGGCUUCGACUCAACCUAGGCCGCCUUCAGCCGCAGUAUCUGACCGGGCAGAGUCGUGGAGAUCGAGAGCCAAGCCUCCUACCCUUCCAGCGCAGAAUUCGAACAAAGAUAUUUCUCGAGAACCUGCUGAAUCAGUGCUACCUGCUGUGCGCGCCUUCGAGUUUCAGGCUGACGAGAGCAUGGAGGUCGUUGACUUUAGUGAUAUGGGUCGCCUGACUGGAGAACGAACAUCCCAGAAGCCUGUACCCGAAGCUCAAUCGGUACCUUCAGGUCGACCCGUCGCAAGCGACUUUUUCAAUGCACCUAGAGCGACAUACACAGAGCAAGAUUCUUGGCGUAGGGGUGGUGCGGUUUCACACCAGACUGAUCCUUCGGCGACUGGGAACGAACAAGGUCGUGCAUCCUACCAUGAGUCGCCUGCGGGUCCGUCUGAAGCCAACGCUGCUUCUAUUAAAGGUGAAGAUGUGGCUAACGCGCACCCGAACGCUCAAGGCCAUCUAAGGGCACCUGUGUCUCCUACGACUAGUACUAUUCCUCAGCAUAUGCAAGGUUACCCUGGGCAUCAAUCUUCUCCAGGUGCUCCUAGGUUUCUUCGAUCGCCAAAUGCCUCCUAUCGGGAAGCACCUCUCUCCGCUUUGGAUGAUACGAUGUCACGUAUUAAGGGUGCAUUGGACGUGAUGCAUUCUGUGGCUGAACACGGGAACAAGCCUGAUUCAAAGGAUGCUAGUAGUUCCCCUAGCAUGCAUCUUGCAGUCCCAGUAUCUAUCCCUUCAAAGCCUAGUAAAUGGCUUCCGCCCGCUCUUCGUCCGCAAGGCAUGGCGGUCAAUACCAGACGCGCAGAGACAUUUGAACCUACUCAUCCGGAACCUCCUCGGAGUCCUGUGCCUCCCGAUAGCAAAUUCACGAUCCGUCUACCUUCCGUCUGCCGACGUAUUGAACCGCUGACCAAGAGGCAAAUCAACAACUACCAGAAGUACUUCGGCCCGGUACGAUGGGAGAUUUUGUCAUUUGAGCCGCCCGUGGAAGGGAUGACGAAGAGGAAUUUGUCGGUGAAUGAUGUAUUGUUCAAGAGGCCCACUGGUCCAUUCAAGCUGAGGAAGUACCGAGUUGUUCUACCUCCUUCGAGCAUGCCGUCACAGUCCUCGGCAGUAAAGGGUUCGCAGAGGGUUGUAAGUGACGCAACUCCCAGUACAUCGGCUUCGAAAGACAUGGUAAAUGGAGCUUUCGGGAAGGCAAGAGGCGAGACGAGUAGUUGGCGGUCCACCUCCGCAAGUGCCCGAGUAGAAAGCGAAGUGUCCUAUGCUUCAUCGGUACUUGAUGUUACCAGCAGGUCUCCUCCACCGGAAUUAUCGGUGGCACCGAGGAUGGAGUUUUUACCGACAGUCUCUGGCAUUGCGAACAAGCCGAAACCUUCACAGAAAUCUCUAGACGUGGUCGAUGUCGCGUUCUACAGAGACGUACGACAGCAAGUUGAUAGCAGUGUUAACGUCCCUAAAGUGACUUUCACGGUUGGUAGCGAACUUGAUGGCCCUAUAGACAAAUCACCGUUGCGUAAAUCUUCUGUUCUUUCCGCAGAAGGGACAAGAAGUUCUCCCAGCGCGCUCGUUGAAUCUUCUACGCAGGAAGUCAAGAACGCCUCGAUGCCGAGUCCGAAUUUGCUGUCGGCUCCGUUAAUACCGUCGAGUAAUGCGGACUCGUUUUCAUCGUCUCCGGCGGCGAUAACGAAGACCCUGAAUCACACGACUGUCGAUGAAAAGGCGAUUGAGCCGCAGAGUGACCCUUUCUUACAAAAGCCACCUGCAACUCCGCCGCCGCAAAAUACGUCCUCAACAUGGGCAAAAUCACCUGCUCGAGUACCCGAUCCAGAGCACUUAAAGGCCGUUUGGUCACAAGCGUCGAACAACGAUUCUGUCCCUACGGUCAAUUCUCUAAAGAGCAUCGCGGACGACCUCACUGCUGUUCCUUUCACGCUUCAAGAGGUGAAGUCGGAAGGAGGGACACCGCCACCACCUCCGGGUCCGGUUGCACCACCUACCCGAAUGUCUGCUUCUGAGGUUACGAGGGCAUUCCAGACAGUCCCGUCUGCACCCUCCAAUGGCAUGCCUGCAGCAUCGUUACGAAGUAACCAAAUGCCCUCGAAUCUAAGCUCGCCAAUAGGGCCGCAACGAGCGUUGAAGCCACCGGCUAUCGGUUUACCUCCUCCCCCUGCUAUGAAUCCUGGUGCUCCUCGGCCACCAUACAUGGCCUACUCCACGUCGAUGAGCAAUCACUCGCCAAGUCCUCCUACCUUGGUGUACUCACACGUAAUGCCAAGUGGAAUGGCCGGCUCUCCCUCUACAUCACCCUACGGACAGCCUGUUUGGAUGCCCGUGGUACAGCAGGGUACACAAAUAAUCCGAGCACAGCCCUCAUCGCCUUACAGCCCGUCACUUAUGCCAUACGCCGUACCUAAUGCACAAAACGGAGUGUAUCCCUCCAGCAGCAUGUCGAAUCCACAAGGGUCACCAGCAACGUAUCCAUCCGCACCACCUUCUCAAAUGAUGGUUAGCCCUGUAAUGUCGCAUGCUUCGACUGCUCCUCCGCAAGCUAUGUACUCAGGCAGUCCAAUGGUAAUGCACGUAGCUCCUCCCGGUGGUGCCCCUCAACCCCGUGCGUAUCCACCGGGUGCAGUCGGAUUAGGUCGAGGUUCGAUGCCAGUCCAAGUUCCAAAUCCAAUGGACCCGCGUUCCCACCCACCUCAUGGCACUCCGGCAGCUCCCGUAUCGCGGUACCCUGUUCAUAAUCCCGCCGGGUAUACGCCCGCCCCUCCGCAAUCAUACGUUCGGCAUUGGUAAAAGUGGAAUACAGACUUGGGUCUUUAACGUAGAUUUCUUGUGUGUGCUGAUGUGUUCCUCGCUGUUUGUUGUUUGUGUUCAUGGCAUAUAUUUGAUUCGUGGCACUACUAGUAUUUACUUUAUUCCUCUAGCUAGCAAUUUUGUUCAUCUGUUCAUCUGUGCAUUCAUACAUUUUUGUAAUUGUUACACAUUUGUCUCUUUCUGUUCUCCCUUUU